GCAACAUUAAAAAUCCAUAAAUCAUCUUUCGGAAGAACACACACUCCUACACACAGUUAAGGUGAUGGAAAGUGUGUAUCCUCUCCUCAUAACCAAUCUGGAUCAUGCAUGAGACCGGUGAGGACUUUAUGGCUGCGAAUCAGACUGCAUUUGCGACGUUUAUAAACAUUACUGAUGUGGAGAAUGCGGUGCCUGAGGCAGUCACUGAGAGUAGUAAAGACAGUAAUGAUCGUGAAUGUGAGGGGAAAACUGAUGAACCUGUUGAUUGCACUGACCCCGAGAUAUUCCAUCUGCUGAUGAAGGCUGCUAUUGAGAAGUUUAAAGAUAUACAUUUUUAUCGGUUUGGAAAGCCGGUGCGUGGGAAUGAUGAUAUUUCCUGCCACAUGGCUUGGAGAUUUAGGCCUAUGGAAGGGAAGACUGCUGCAUUCUAUAAAGAUUACAGGAGUUUUGUAGUUUCUCGGUCGGAGAAUUGCACGCUUAGUGUAGUUAGAAUUGGCGAUUAUCAUUCUGGUGGGAAUGCGAGGAAGAGGAAGAGGAAUCAGAAAGGAUUUGAGAAGUCAAUGGCACAGGCACCCAAACAGACAAUUGUCCUCCCUGAGGUUGGCGAAAGUGUGAAUGAUUCACUCCCUGUGGUUGAAUCAGAGGGGUCGUUCAGCCGUGGCAAGUACUUGCUUUACACCAAUGGUGGGGAUAGGUGCAAGAACAUGAACCAUUAUCUUUGGAGUUUCAUGUGUGCGUUGGGUGAAGCUCAGUAUCUGAAUCGGACUCUUGUAAUGGAUCUGAGCAUUUGUUUGAAUAAGAUAUACACUUCAUCUGGUCUGGAUGAGGAAGGGAAAGACUUCAGGUUUUACUUUGAUUUUGAGCACUUGAAAGAGUCAGCAUCUGUACUAGAUCAGGGUCAGUUUUGGGAAGAUUGGAAAAAAUGGUAUCAAAAGGAUGGAUUAACCCUCCAUCUUGUGGAAGACUUUAAAAUCACACCGAUGAAGUUAGUUGGUGUUAAGGAUGCUUUAAUUAUGAGGAAGUUUGGGUCUGUCGAGCCAGAUAAUUACUGGUUUAGGGUGUGUGAGGGUGAGACAGAGUCUGUUGUCCAAAGGCCUUGGCACUUGGUAUGGAAGUCUAGACGGUUGAUGGACAUUGUGUCAUCUAUUUCUUCAAGGUUAAAUUGGGAUUAUGACUCGGUUCACAUUGAGAGAGGGGAGAAAGCUAGAAAUAAGGAGUUAUGGCCUAAUCUUGAUGCAGAUACUUCCCCUGAAGCUCUUCUCUCGACCUUGCAGGUUAAAAUUGAAGAUGGCAGGAACCUCUACAUUGCAACAAAUGAACCGGACACAGCUUUCUUUGACCCUUUGAAGGAUAAGUAUGCCACCCAUUUUCUUGAUGAAUACAAAGAUCUGUGGAAUGAGACCAGUGAAUGGUAUGAAGACACAAUGAAACUUAACAAUGGAAAUCCUGUUGAGUUUGAUGGUUACAUGAGGAACGCUGUUGAUACAGAAGUUUUCCUCAGGGCAAAGAAGCAGAUUGAGACUUUUAAUGACCUCACAAAAGAUUGCAAGGAUGGUGUUAAUACCUGCACCGCUUCCAGCUGAUUGAUACACAUGAGGUUCCAUGUUUUGCUGCUGUAUCAUUUCUGCCUGUAUGUUUACAUUCCAUGUGGUUUCCCUUGAAAAGUUUUGGUUAUUGGUAGUUCAAAUUGUGGAGCUCACUGGUGUAUUGUAAUUUAUUGGUAGUUCAAUUUACUAGAUUGUUUCAUUAAUCAGCAUCCUGUAGUAGUUUCCAAAUAACAGUUGCAUUUAAUUAUACCUAUGUACUUGCCAUUUAGUAUCAACUUGAGUCGCCAUUUCUGUCUA